UUAUGUAGUAAUGCAAAGAAGGGGGAAGCCCCACAUAACACAUAUCACAUGCUUAAGAAAUAAAAGUAGUGUCACAAUUCAUCAACAAAGUGCCUGUUACAGACCUUCCAAUCUGUGAUAUAUUUGAGGUGUUAAUUUACUUUAAAACAAAAUGAGCAAUUCUGUGAUAAUUCGUGACGGGAAAAAAGAAGACAUGCACCAAAUCUGCAAAUUAAUUAAGGAGUUAGCGACAUAUGAGAACUGUGAAAGUAUGGACGAAUGCAAAAUGACCCCCGAGCGUCUGAUAAAAGACGGAUUCGACACUGCAAAUCCUAUAUUCAAGAGCUUUGUCGCUGAUCGAAAUAAUCAAGUUAUAGGUUAUGCAAUUUACUUUACUAGUUACUCGUCUUGGGUGGGGGAAUCUAUAUUUUUAGAGGAUCUGUAUGUCGAUCCUCAGUAUCGUGGUGAGGGAAUAGGAGAAAAACUAUUUAAAUGUGUCGCAAAAGUUGCACAACAAAAUGAUGGUAAAAGAAUGGACUGGCACUGUCUAGCUUGGAAUCCAUCGUUAAAGUUUUAUAAAAAAAUGGGAGCUAGAAAUAUAACUGAGAGUGAGAGUUGGAAUUAUCUUAGGCUAGAUGGAAGUGAUCUAGAUAAACUUUGCGAGUGACAGUCUAAUGUAACUAUUUCUCAUUACAUGCAUAUUUUGUCUGA